UCAAUAGUGAUAUAUAUCGAGAAAUCUGUCAGCUCUACCAAAACAGUCGCAAAUCACAUAUUUUCGAAUCGUAAAUCGUUGGAAUUUCUGGGCAGAAAAACAAAUUAUAUAAACCAAAGACGCAAUGGCAACACGUGUGGUGGCAACGGCAACGGUGCGCGCGCUAAAGGGACGCAAAUUGUUACCCACACGGGCGGCCCUGACCCUGACCCCGGCUGCGGUCAACCGCAUCAAGACAUUGCUGCAGGACAAGCCAGACUUUAUCGGCCUGAAGGUAGGCGUACGCCAGCGGGGCUGCAACGGCCUCUCAUACACCCUGGACUAUGCCAGCAGCAAAGCAGACAAACUAGACGAGGAGGUCAUCCAGGACGGCGUGAAGGUAUUCAUUGACAAGAAGGCGCAGCUCUCAUUGCUAGGCACGGAAAUGGACUUUGUGGAGUCGAAGCUGUCCAGCGAGUUCGUGUUCAACAAUCCGAACAUCAAGGGCACUUGCGGCUGCGGCGAGUCGUUUAGCAUGUAAACAAACUGGCUCUGGAGCCGGCAACACCCGCCUCGCAGCCCCCCAAAGCUUAUGCAUAACGACGGUCAGGUGCAGAUCCUACCCCACAAUAUGCCCCUAGCCUGUAUCUGUAUGUAAAUUCUAUUUCGCAAACGAAUUCUAAAGUUAAGUUGUGUUUUCUGUAGUUCAAAUUUAGUUGUAUAUUGAUAAAAACGAUUAGUCUCUAGGCAACCAUUCAAUGUCUAGGCGAUUUAUCUACAUGAUAUAA